GGCGGCUGGAGGAGGCCAUGGGCGGCGCCAGGUAUCCCCUUCAUCAUUUCCUUCAUCGCCAUAGGCGCUAGGAAUUCUGUGCGCACAAGCCAGGCCCAAACACAUCUACGUGCUUGUCAAUGGCAACCCAUGCGGACAGACUGGAUUAUGGUAAACAUCGAUGAUGUGUGCAAUCACAAUUCACGCAACGGGGGCUGCGGCGUGAUUUGCAGGGUCAAAGAUGGGGAGUGUGUGUGUGCAUCUGCUGGUGCAAUUGAGACAAGAUUCUUUUAUAUACAGCUAAACAAUCGGUCUCCUUUCCUUUCGAAGGACCAGUACAACCAAGUGGCCAUAUUUGACCUUGCAUUCUACGUAGACCAUGUAAAGGAAUUUCACUCGUUGGUCCACCUGGUAUGGGGAAGACCAUGCUUGCUAAAGCUGUCGCAACAGAAAGCUGGUGCUAACUUCAUCAACAUAUCAAUCUCAAGUAUUGCCUCUUAAGGUUUUUCCUAUAACUGACAGUCAUCCACAUUGCUCUCCUUUCUAUUACCACAUUUUCUUACCUGUAACUGUAACUGUGGUUUGGUGAGGGAGAAAAAUAUGUGAAAGCUGUAUUUUCACUUGCAAGCAAAAUUGCUCCUAGUGUCAAUUUUGUGGAUGAUGAGGUCAG